AUGGAUCGCGGCCGGACCAUUGCUUCGCCCAAGGGUCGCGGCAACAGGCGGUCCACCUCUCGACCGCACCAGAUGCUCUCGAGCUCGCCCUUGGCCGAGCAGGCCCUGGCCGAUGACAUCGCCGCAUGCUCCGAGGACGACGCCAACCACCCCGAGGACGACGACUUCUGCGAUCCCGGCUUCCCCACUCACGGCCACGGCAUGUAUCGACGUCCAAGCGGCGUGGCAUACGGCGGCGCCCGGCCCGUCUUCAACCAGCCCAUCGACGAGCCCAUCCUGACCCCUCUGGAGCGGAAGCAGUCACGCAACGCCGAGAGGAGCCUGCUGAGGGACAACCACGUCCUGCCGCCGAAGCAUGCCGCCGAUCCCAAGAAGAGGCCUGGUCUCGGGGCACGCAUCUACCGUCGCUUUUUCAGCACCAAGCUGCCGCCUACCGACGAAGAGGACGCCGAAGCUGCUGCUCGACGACCGACAGAGACGUCGCCACUCCUGCAUGGCGCUCACGUUCGUGAGUAUGCCCCCGACGGCGACUCUGGAUCCGCGGACGAGCGGCUCGAGGAGCAGUGGGAGGGUGCCGUUGCGUCUGGCCGGCUCCGUACCACCUGGCAGCGUGAGGCCAAGACCAUCGUGUCGUACUCGGCGCCAUUGAUCGCCACCUUCUUCCUCCAGUACUCCAUCAACGUGGCCAGCAUCUUCGCCGUCGGCCGGAUCGGCACCGUGGAGCUGGGAGCCGUGUCGCUCGCCAACAUGUCCGCCGCCGUCUCGUGUCUGGCGCCCUUCCAAGGUCUGGCCACGAGCCUGGAUACUCUCUGCGCUCAAGCCUACGGGUCUGGACACAAGCACCUCGUCGGCCUGCAAUGCCAGCGCAUGGCAACCUUCCUCCUGUGCCUCUCGGGUCCUGUGGCCGUGCUUUGGCUGUUUUCCGAGAGCAUCCUCGUCCACAUUGUGCCCGACCCCGAGUCGGCCCGGCUCGCCAGCCUCUACCUCAAGGUCAUGAUCUUCGGCAUCCCCGGCAUCAUCCUCUUCGAGACCGGUAAGCGGUUUCUGCAGGCUCAGGGCCUCUUCAGGGCCACGACGUACAUUCUGCUCGUCGCCGCGCCCAUCAACAUCUUCAUCAACUGGCUUCUGGUCUGGAGGCUAGGCCUUGGCUUCGUCGGCGCCCCCACCGCCGUAGCCAUUACCGAGAAUCUCCUGCCAGUUCUUCUGUUCCUGUACGUCAGGUUCGUGGACGGCCAGCAGUGCUGGGGAGGCUUCAGCAAGCGGGCUUUCACCAACUGGUGGGUCAUGAUUCGCCUGGCACUGCCUGGCAUGGUCAUGGUCGAGGCCGAGUGGCUGGCCUUUGAGAUUGUGACGCUCCUCUCCAGCCGCCUGGGCACCCAGUAUCUGGCGGCCCAGAGUGUGCUCGCGACCCUCACCACCAUCUCUUUUCAGAUCCCAUUCCCAAUGUCGAUUGCUGCGUCUACGCGAGUCGCCAACCUCAUUGGAGCGGGUCUGGUCGACGCGGCCAAGAUAACGGCUAGAGUGACCUUUGUCGCCGCGUGCCUCCUUGGCGUCUUCAACCUCGUUCUUUAUAGCACGCUUCGAUAUCACCUACCGAUUCUCUUCACCAACGACGACGAGGUCAUUGCCCUGGUUGCUCAAGUCCUGCCCCUUGUUGCCGUGAUGCAAGUAUUCGAUGGCCUCAGCGCCGGAGCACACGGCCUGCUGCGCGGCAUAGGCAAGCAGUCGAUUGGCGGACCCGCUAACCUCAUCGCCUACUACGUCAUCUCUCUCCCAAUUUCGCUCGGCUUGACCUUUGGCCUCGACUGGCAGCUAGAAGGCCUCUGGAGCGGUGUCACGGUUGGACUCAUCGUAGUAUCUCUGAUCGAGUACACGUACCUCCUCAGGACGGACUGGCACAAGGCCGCCGCCGAGGCCGAGGCCCGCAACCAGGCCGGCUGA